AUGUGGCUGGAAGAGCUACCGACGGACUUGGUGGAGGCGGUAUACAGCUUCCUGGUGGGCUUUGAUGCCUUUCAACUCUCGCACACGAACUCGUGGUGGUUCGCUCGGCUUUCGGAUGGGUUGCUCUGGCACGAGCUCAUGGUGCACGGCCCCGUCCCUGAGAGCCAAAAGCAUCAGCUGCACACGUGGAAGCGGCGCUACAUGCAGGCGAGGUCCAUGCUGUUUCACGGUCUCGGUACAGACGACAAUGACGAGCUGCUGCGGGCCUCCUACGCCUGCGUUGAAUACCCACCGCCGACGGAUUGGGGACAGCUCCGUCGAAUGUAUUUUGCAUUGCGGACGAUGCACGAGGAAAACUUCAGCCUCGACUUGUGGUUUUCGCUACUACCCGAGACAGCAGGAACUGGCCGCAGUAUCAUCAGCAAUUCGUCAUGGUGGACUCGAAGAGGAAACUCUACUGCUCGGUGUUGGAUGUCAAGACACCCGUGGGCCAAAGACCUCAAGUGUGGCCACUGGUAUCAUCUAGUUCUGACCUAUAAACUCGAACGUCAAAAGCAGGACGUGUAUCUGAACGGGGAGAACGUGUGGUCCACGACGGGAACUCUACAUCGGGAGUGGCAGCACCUACUUCACGAACAGGUCGGGACGGGAUACAUCACAUCAGGUGGGGGAGACUACCCUCACGGAGACUUCGUAGGCUGGUAUGGCUUCCACGGACUACUGGACGAGUUCCGGUUCUACAGUGGCGUGCUUCCUCUAAACGAGGUGCAGCAUCUAGCUCGAGGCGGAGAGCUGCCUCCCAAAAGGUUAAGCGGGACACUGAAGUAUCCAGGGCUGCGAGGACCGCAGUCUCGCAUCAACGUGGACCUGGUGGCCUGUACUCGACCGGCAGAGGGCCGGCCAGUCGAAAUCGUCGCCAUCGAAAAGAAGGCGACAUUUCCACCGCGGAGGCCAUGUCGCCCAACUCGAACGCGUACUGUUUGCCAAACAAUGUUUGGAGCCCCCACGUAUCUGUAUCUCUUUCAUUAUCAUGUAUGA